UGUUGAAAACAGACGUUGUUGACAUGACACCUGCGAACAACCGCAGAGUAAACUAUAACUGACAAGCCUCGGAUAUUGAUGAAGCUUUUAUACGUGGUUUUUACACAGGGGGACGCAAUAUACUGAACAUGGAGUUAUCGCAACUUAUAAAGAAAAUAGGCCACUCUUUGGCGGAGAUAAGAGUCCGAGCAUUGAAGAGCAUCAUAUGCAAGCUGGACCAUUCACUGAUCUCCGUCUCUGACAUCGUCCAAGAGAAGAUGCUGUUUGUGUAUCUGCUUGAAUGGUUCAAUUUCCCUGAGGUGCCAAUGCAGGAGGAAGUUCUUGGGUUGCUCUCAACUUUGUCAAAGCAUCCUAGUGCAGCCCAGAUGCUGAGAGACGUUGGGGCGGUGGACUUCCUCACUCAACUGUCUCCUAAUGUGGAGCCCAGACUGCGAGCUGUCAUCGAUGGAACCCUGGACCAGCUGUUCCAGCUACCUGAGCUACUCCCUAGUCAUAUAAUGGUCUACUCGCAUGGACAGCGUACUACAGCUCCAACAGCACCUGCAGUUGUUCCACCUGAAGAGCAAUUUCCUAAAAUGGGCUUUUUCCACAAAAGCAUACCAAGCCACACAGAUGUACCACCUCAGAAAAUAGCAGUGCACGAGUCUGUGAGAUGCCUCAAGUUUUCUGUGUUUCCAUGGCUGACUUUGACAAACACAGACAGACACAUACUUUCAUCCAAUGAGAGUUCUCUAAGGAGCAGCAACCCCAACUUGGUGCGGACCACAUGUGAACUUCUGUGUGAUGUCAUUAUGCAAGAUUUUCCUGCUGAGAUCUUCCUGCAAAGGCCCAGUAUUAUAAAGAACCUCCUCUCCCUGUUGAGGCUGGGUUCGGGUAAAGGUGAGGCAAGCUACCUCCACUUGCAGGCUCUCUCGUGCCUGCGGCAGCUUUGUGUGGGCCUAAGGAGAAGACUCCGCUUUCAUCAAGAUCCAAGCUUCUACUCUACAAAGCAAGAUCCAGUGUCCCAGAACUCGUCUUUCUCCCACUCCCAAGAGGUGCGGGGGACCCAGCGUUCCCAGGCCUCAUCUCCAGGGGCUGAGUGCUCCCCUCGGCCCUCUGUGGUGGGACGCAGAGGCCAGAGAGCCAGAGGAGACGGCCAAGAUGGAGAUGCAGCUUCCACCAGUGGCAGCUCGCACAGAGGUGGAGCAGCAGUCCAGGCCCCUGGGCAGACGCCCCAGUCACCCGCAGAUGUGGCCCACUUGGAGCUUCCUGACCUGGGUGUAGAAGAUGUCCUGGAGCUGCAGUUACAGCAGCUCACUUUGGCUCAGUUCACAGUGGCCACCAUGGAGCAUGCCAUACCUCUGCUUAAAACAGAGGGUUUGCAUGUGUUCCACCGUGUUCUGGAGCUGCUGUGCGAUACCGUCCCCCUGCUCGAGGACAGUGUUUGUGAGCUGGUCUGGGACGAUCGCAGCCUGGUGGGGAUGGAGCUGAAGGAAAAGCUGCGAGGCUGCAUGGAACUGUUGGGGGACAUCCUGAGCUACCAUCAGAGCUUUCCAGCAGACAUUCCCCACAGCUGUCAGCUUCAUCACAGAAUGGCCUACACUGGCACUGCUAUAUUCACCGUUAAACUCCUACAGACUAUCCUCCCUCCUGAAAAGGCUAGUGACAAUCUCCCAGAAAACACAGCAACAGCUAUUUUCCACCUGUGCUUGGACACUUCGUUUGGAAGUUUAUUACCCAGCAUGCAAGAAACAGCAGUGGCCUACUUGGAGCAGGUGAACUCAGACAGCCACGACCUCUACAGGAGGGUGACACGAGCCGCCCUCUGGAUGGAGUCUACUUGCAACUUCCUCAAGGAAGUGCAAGCUGAGGGAGAAAAGAAUUGGUUGGAGUUACUGGAGCUGGCAGAGCAAGCCAUAGACGGCCUUCCAUUUCACCAGCACUUACCAAUCAUCAAGGAAUGUGUGCACAUCUGCUCCUACCUGUGGAAGUUUGACCAGCCCAGCCCCCUCCUCCAGACAGAGAGCCAGAAACUUCUCCUCAAGCUGCUGUCCCAUCCCUUACCACCUGUCAAGACGGAAACAUACGAAAGCACUUUAAACCUGGUCAAGGGCUGCCUUGGCAUCCAGAAUGUGUCACGACAGGAAGCAGCAGCCUGCGGUGCAGUCAACUUUCUUAUCCACCACAGGGUGCUCUAUGAAAUAAGUGCUUUUGGACUUCAGGAUUCUUCAGAGAAGGUGAACAUUGCUGCCAAGGAUAUCCUGCUAUUCCUGCUCAAAGGACGAUUGAUGAUGACAGCGUCAACCUGGGACAGAUUCAAUGAGGCACUUUACCCGGUCAUGCCCAUAUUACAGGGUUACGCCGGCACUGAAGAGUCACUUGGAAACUGUGUCCUGCUGGUAAGUGACAUGUCGGACACGGCGAGAGAGAACGUGUUUCCAAGCACAGCCAAGCUGAAAGCGGCGCUCCGACUCCUUUUCACCAAACAACCCACUGUGAGAAUAGCAGCAGUGCAACAAAUCCUGCCCCACUUAACUGGCGAUGAUGAUGCUAACACAGCCAGACCAGACCUGGAUCAACCAGUGAUCUCCUCGCUUCCCAAUCUCUUCUGCCUCAGACACCCUUUAGACAUCACACUGGACACCAGCAGCAAGUCUGUCCUCAAGGUGGAGUCGGUGGAGAAGCUGUUUUGUAUCCUGAACUCAGACACCGUCGAUAUCUCCCUGAGAAGAUCGGCCGCAGAGCAGCUGUCUGUAGUGCUACAAGACACAACAAUGCACCCAGUGCUGAAGAAUCUUGGAAUAGCAGACAAAGUCAUUUCUUUCAUUAUGGGGAGUGUAAACGGCAACAAGAGCUUAGAUUGCCUGCUGGAGCCUUGUGUAUGUAUCCUGAGGAAGCUGGUGUAUGCUGAUCCAUCUCUGAGGCACAGUCUGGCACAUCGCAACCUCCUGCUCCUCACACUGCUCAGGGCAUCCUUGAUAUUGAAGGAGAACAAAGGCAAUGGCAGUGAGGUAGCUGUCCUGAUGAGUUUACUGCUGUUUGAUGAGAUUGCCAGCAUUGAAAUAUGGUCGGACAACUCCAACCCCGAUGUGACCCUCACGCCGUUCUCCCUGCCACUGUCAGUAAUCCGCAGGUACAACAUCCCAUUUCAGGCAGCGACUCAUCACGCUGUCAGCCCAUACUGCUGCGUCCUGCCCCCUUCCUCUGACCUGCUGACCUUAGCACCCGCCCGCCAAGCCCUGCAGGUGGCCUGGAACACUGCUUGGCACUCUGGGAUGGACGGCCUCCUUCAAGAGCUGCAUGGCGUCUCUACUGAUGAUGCUGAAUUUCAUCCUGACUUAAAGCUGUCAGAAGCACAGGUUCUGUCGCUGCAGGCAGUGCGCCUUCCUACUGCGCUGCAGGACUGCAUCAAGGCCAUCAUCACAGCAGCAGGACACGGCUCUGUGACCUCUGCCCUCUCCAGGCUCAGCCUCUAUUUACUGAUUGACCGACUGGCCCUCCCUCACAUCCCCACCCACACCUGCAGAGGCACCCUUCACUCGCUCAGCUGGCAGGCAGCAGUAACCAGGUUUCUCCAGGUGUGUCCAGCCUGUGUCGAGGAUGAGAGGUUGCUCGUGGGUAUUGUUGCAUUUUUGAAUGCCUACUUCAAACAGAUGCACACUGAGUCUGAAUCUGACCCAGAGGAUAAGGACCUGCGCUGGAUACUGGAGCUGCUUCUCAACCAGGAGGCCGCAUCCCUUCUUAAUUUGCUGCUUGGUGUGGAGACCCAGACCUCAACUCAGAGCCAGGGGGAGCCAGAGGAGCUGAAGAACCACGUCAGCCAGAGACUACAGAGAGAGCUCACCAGCUUCUUUAACAUCUUACUCCUCCGACUCGCACACACCACCGACAGGCUAUGUUUGGCAUUAGCGGGCCCCUUCAAGAGCCAGCUGGCAGUCCGUUUGCUUCAGAGCCUGCGGGUGUCUGACGCCCCGCGUUUCUAUGGCCUUCCCAGCCUGGAGAGGACACUGCAGGGCAUGGUCAGCCUGACUGCCCAGCCUGGCUGGAGCUCCCACUGCUCUGACCUGGAGCCCAUCUUGCUCUGCUCCAAGUAUCUCAGUGGGCUAUUAGAGGUGAUCUCCUCGUUUUAUGUAGAGUGGGGAGGAAACUCCAUGUCUUUCAUGGGGAAAGGUGUGACCAAGAAUGCUGUCAUCUGCUUGCUUCACCUGUCCCAUGAGAUGAUGGUUGAGAACAAGGACAAGGACUUCAUAUCCCAGUGGUCUUUGGGCAACGAGGCAGCUGCUGAGGAGGCGAGUGCCUCUCAGCUCGGUUUGGCCUGGCUCAUCCCGCUGUGGGUCGACCGCGAUCAAGAGGUGAGGUUUGCCAGUUUGGGUUUAGGCGCAGCUCUGUCCUCGGUGCCCAGCGGGUGCCAGGCUCUGUGUGCCAGCUGUCAGAACAUCAGCGGAGGUCUGUGGGGCACGUUGCUCAACAUCCUCCUGGAUCAGCAGGAGAGCAGCAUGGUCCGCAGAGAGGCUGCGUUUAUCCUGCAUAACUUGCUGGUGAUGCCCAUGCCUGCCAACGCAGAGGAGGCCAAGGACUCCCACUGGCAGCACCCGUGUGUCCACGAUGAGGUGUCCGGUGUGUCUUUGGUGGGUCUCCCAGCGCUCCAGGCUCUGCUUUACCACUGUCAGUACUUCCAACACGUGGCUCUCUCUGCCUCCAAAUGUUACCAAGGCAGGUACACUUUCCACCUGCAGCCUCGUCUUGCUGCUACCAGUGGGCCCAGUCCUCAGGAAAGCAGUUCACUGGAUUCUGAGAAUUCUCUGUGGUUUUGGAGAUGCGACCCACCAGCGCCCACUGUCGACUCCAGCAGACCUUCCAGCUCCCUCUCAACGUCUAGCACCAUGGUGAGAGGUUCAGGGCCACACACCCCUAAGAGUCCCUCCCUGCUGAACAUCACAGAUGAUACCCCUGCCAGCAGACUGACGGCUCAAGGCCAGAGUGACACGGACACCAGCGACUCGGUGACCUCCCAAGACUCCCGACAGGGCGAGCCCUCUGCCGCGGAGCCUGUCGUCAUGGUAACUCCCGACCUCAUGACGGCCCACUGUGGCCUGCUGACUAACCUGCUGGCCAUCCUGCCAGACUUCACCCUCACUGCCAUCCGACACAACCAGCUCCUCCAGGCACUGGCCAGUCUGGUGGAUAUUGGGCCCAUUGAGAAAUGUCUGACUGAGCUGAAGACACCCAACGUCCUACCAGGAGAGAGAGAAGACAUCAAGAUCCAGUUUGUCACCCUGCUUCGGUUCCUGUCCAGCUUUUGCAAACUGCUGCAGUCAUGCGUCACGGUGAGCCAGGAGCUGAUUGGGCAGAUGGACUUCCUGAAACAGCUGUUGAGUGCUCUGGUGGCAGUACUCAUGUUGGACAUCAGAGAAUUAGAUGCAGGUACCCGGGACGCGGUUUGUGUGUGCUGGGCAGACGUGUUUAUGCUCCUGGCUACUCUGGUGAGAAGGGACAGCUCAGCAGCGUACCCAUCUGUCUCUGCUGCGCUGGGGAGACGCUGGCGGACAUUUGCAGGAACAUUAUCAGUGUGUGUGGACGAGAAGUUCGCAGACCCUCGUCUCCACACAGUGGCUCUGCAGUUCCUCAGUACAGUUUUCACAGAGGAGGCAAAGUGUCUGGGUGCAGAGGUCACAACCUCCAGCUCUAAAUAUGCUGCUGCUUUGUCUGACAUUGUGAACGGUCCCUCAGCCGGCCAGCUGUGUGAGCUGUUGCUGCAGAGUUUUGAUAAGAGGACCCUUCAGGACCCUUUGAGGAAGCUGACAGCCAGAGCUCUGAUGACACUGCUAGCCUGCAGUCCCACAGCUCAAAGCCACGCAGCCAAAGCUGGUCUAAUUGACAGCUGUGUGGAGCAAAUGAAGCAGACUCACUCCCAGCUCCACCUGGAGUCCGUCCGGCCCGGCAAAGCCUCCCACCGCAAAAAGGAAGAAGGCCAUUUAAAGGAAGUCAAGCUGACGGUGGAUAUCCUGCGGAGUGCUCUUUACCGCAACGAUGAAUGCAAAGUUGUAGCCACAGAUGCUCGCCUCACACUGGCACUCUAUGCUCUUUGGCCUUGGUUCUUAUUGGACGACCACACUAUGGAGGCGGUUCUGGAGCUCCUGUGUGUCUAUACGGCCAACUGCACCACAGCGUGCAGUUGUGUUUGUGGCGGUGGCCCCGCUGUCACACCAGGAUCUAAAGCCACCCCUGGUAGCUCUCUGAUGCACUCUGUCAUGAAGCUGGCCUCGGGGGUUGCCCCAGAUAACAGCCCUGUUCAGAAGCUAGCCUUCUGUCUGUUGGCUAACCUCGCCAUGUCCCGUGACUGCAGAGGCCUCCUACAAAAGAAUAAUUUCCUACAAGCCUUCCUGUCAGUGCCAAUACCCAAGGCGGGUGGUGUUAAGGCCACGUCCGCAGGCUGUGGAGGUGUCGGGAGCCUACUGGGCCUGUGGCUGAGGCUGCUGGUUAGCCUCUCAUCCACGGAGGACGGCCAGCAGAGUAUCCUUAGGGUGACCGGAGUCCUGGAGCUGCUGGCAGACCUGGCACUGCAUCGGCGCCACGCACUCCUCACCCUUCACAACCUCUGCUUCUGCCCUGCCAACAAGCCACACAUCAUUGCCAACGACAAAGCCAUGAAGGUGCUGCUGUGCUGCUUGAACAGUAAAGUGAUGGAAACCCGCUCUAUGGGAGCGUCUGCACUUUGGGCGUUGCUCCAUAACAAUCAGAGGGCUAAGACCACUUUGAAGUGUCCCUCUGUUCGAUUGAGAAUCGAGGAGGCACGCACCAUCUCUAAGAAGGAUGCGGAGAACAAGCAGGAUCCUGUGAAUGCCUAUCUGUUGAAGUGCCUUGAAAACCUCUCCCAGCUGCUAAAUAACUGAUUGUAUUUAUAUUGUUUUGUAUCAUGUUCUAUCAAAUAUUAAUAAUUUUGAUAUUAAAGUGUCGAGUGGCAGAUUUG